CUGUUCAUAGUUUUAUUAUUAUUGGGAAUUGGAUGGAAAGAGAUAAAAGUGAUUGAACUUUCCGGCAGUUAUAAAAUUAUAUGAAAUCCACUGCUGUCAGCUAAUCUUUUAAGCUUGGCUUCUAAUCUUACUCACCAUUGCAUGCUCGACACCUAUUACACUGCAUGAUCAGCAUGUUGUAUUUUGAGAAUACUUUCAUAAAAAAUUGAUGGGCUUCUUGACUUGACCUAUUUAUUUACUUUAUUAGGGCAAAUUAACCAUGUCUCGUAACAGCUUUGAAAAUUCAGAACAUGUAGGAACAAAUGAUAUGCUAGACAGAAAGAAAUCUUAGAGGCGAAAUGUGAUGGUAGAUACCAGGCUGGUAGUCUUUAUUCUUCGACCCAGUGGGUGGUGUUUUUGGAUUACAGAUUCAAUAGAGGGGUUUUAACUAUUUGAGUUUAAUUUCAAGGGGAGUAAAGAAGUCAUUAUUUGUGUUUAAUAAAUAAACUAUAGAAAUAAAAGUGAUAUGAAUAUUUUGACUGUUCAAAUUAACCUGAGAUUUCCAUAACAUUUUAUGUUGUUCUGCAUCAUGAAUUAUUCUAAAAGACAGGUAUGGCUUCUGUUUAAAAAAAAAAAAAAAAAAAUGCAAACUCCCAAUCUUGCGUGCAGUUUGAGGGGUUUCAUGGGCUCCAUUAGGUUGAUGAAGCCUUGUCUUUUUCUGUAUCUGGUGGCUCUUAAUACAAAUUCCCAGUAGGAAAAAACCCUGGAUGUCAAGCGUUAGAAGUCCUUAGAAAUAAUCUAGACCAGUGUUUCUUCAACUGUGGUCUUUAAGCCAAGGGACUGUAUCAAAACCAAUAUUUAAAAGAAAAGAAUAAAACAAGAUGUCAGAGUGUUUCAUAACAUGCUAAGCGUAAGUUUUGUUUUGUAACCUGUGUUUUCAUUUGCGUAUAGAUCCGUGUGUUUAUGUGUGUCGGCACUAGGUCUGAAGACAAAAGUAGAUUUCUCACUGUGGGUUGAGGAUGAAGUCUGAGAAACACUCCUCAAUUCUGGAUGAACGUCCGCACCGUGCAGGCGCCUUAAAGGCUGGAUGGUUUGUUGGGACACUGUCCCCGCCUGCCCGGCCCGCACGCAUGCGCACGCGGCACCCGGAGCCCUGGUUUGCAGCGUCUCACCAGGACUGAGCCGGCUAUCUGACUGCUGAUUCUGCCUCAGCAUAGCGCUAAGUGUUUGAAAUACAGCUGUGAGGUAGAUUGUUUUUUAAAAUUAAGUUGUUCAUCUGUUCCGCACUUGGCAUUUUUUUUAAGCCUGAAUUUUUCCCACUAAUUGUCUCUUUCAUCACCCCUUUAAAAUAAUUUGGGCUUGAGCUUCUUUUCCUGAGUAUUGAAAAGUAUUUGGGGGCCUCUCCAUUGGCCUUCUCAGUCUGCACAUCUGAAUCAUAGAAUCAGACUCUGAGGGGCUAAUCAGAAUUUCAGAACAAGACAUGAAGGUUCAAAAUGAAGUUAUUUCGAAUUAUUUGUCCAUUCAUUUGAAAAUUGAAGGUGAUAUGUGGCCCCAGAUGUUGAUACCAAUCAUUGAGAAGACCUUACAACAUUCCCUUAAUCAUCUGUGUGAGGUUUUCUCAGACUCGAAUGUCAUACAGAUGACUUGGAGGGUUUUGUUGAAGACGCAGGCUCUGAUGCAGACGCUGGCUGAGAUGGAGGUUUCUGGCAGCCCCCCAGGAGGUGCUGCUGGUCCCUGGACCACACGUGCAGGCUCAAGUGCCAUAUAUUAACUGCCUCAUUAUCGCGGUAAGAAGAGGGAGCUCUCAGAAAGCUUCUGUCGUGGUUUUACUAGCAUUUUCAUGCCUUUCCAAAUUGGCUACAAAAAUUAAAAUGUCUUUCUUGUUUUUUAAAAACUGGAUUAGUUUUUGUAGUGAAAGACGUGUCUUUAAAACAGCCAUCUCCUCAGUCCCCACAUCCGAGAGGAAGGGCAAGGCCCCUCUUUGCAGCACUGUUCUAGAUGAUUCCAAUUUAACACACAUUUCCAGGCUUCUCUGCAAAACUUAAUUUUCUAAAUAAAGAGCAUUUUCUAAAAUAUUAUAUAAUUUUCUUUCUUAAAUUAUUACGUGUGUUUUCCCCUUUAUUCUAGCCACAUAAGAGCAGUGUUUUUUGUAGGCAUAGGUGAAGGCUGUUGAACUAUAUGCAAAAAAUGAAUAAAAACCACGAAACUACAUGCUUCUGUCUGCCUAUUAUACCUUUUUUAUUUUGUCCUUCCAGCUGCUGGUAAGUCUGUCUCAAAAACCUUCAUUUCCCUUCCAUUCUGACUGAUUACUUCUGACCUAAAAAGCCAGCUACUAGAUUUGUUAGAAGUACGCAGGGAAUUAAUCCCAGUCAAAAGGCGCUCCCUGGCUUGUAGCCUUUCCUGGGAGGGCGGUGGUCAGGAAGCGCAGUAGCGCCUGAGCCUGAGCGAGACCCUUUGGCUCUCAUUAUAUUCUGAGGAGUCAGCUCUGAUGGGAACUCACUCGUUUCUUCUCUGUGCCUUUCUCCGUGUGUGUGGCUCCCUCCCUCUCUCUUCCUCUCUCACACACACGCUCUGUGGUGAAGUGUGUGUGCGCGCACAUUCACGUGUGUGAACGUGCAGAAGCGGCGCCUCAGGGUCUGCAGAAGCAGGGAUGGAGAACCUGUGCUAAGGACCGUGGGUCUCUGUGCUCACAGUCGGUCCUGCAGUGGCUCUGUAAGCAGGUCUGAGAGUAACAUGAUGACAGCAAGGAGGGCAUGCCUCAAUGCACUUAGUGACCCAGGGUCCCAGGGACUUAAAGUCUGGUUUCCAGCGUGCGCUCUUCAGUAGACGGUUGGUCAUAACGGCGACCGAAGGGCCCGCUCCUUGGGCCCUCGCUGUCAGGCACCGACUGUUCGGAUGGCAGUGCUGCAGUCCUGGGCUGUGGUCCUGCAGGGGCGGCAGACGGGGCCGCCCUUGGGAGCAGCCAGAGUGCCGGGCUUGUCUCGUCAGCCCCCCUGGAGGUACCUGUGCGUGUGUGGAGCCUGUCCUUACUCAGCAAAGCUAGAAACUGUUGGAGGAUUCACGUCUGUGAAAACCACCCAGUAGUCGGUAUUAUUCUGAUUCAAAGCAGAGGGAACCUGUUUGCAUCUUAACUACAUAGCAUCAGAACAUACAUCAUUUUGCAUAGUCUUGUUAAUGACUGUGUGUUAGAAUUUGUGGAUUAUAUUCUUUAAAAUUGUGACGAAGCUAAAUGUAACCAUAACAUUUAUUUUGGAUUUUGAACAGGGCCCCAUUUCACAUAUUUUUAGUGAGUUGCAACCUUUAAAUGCUGAUUACCAGAUUGGUCUCAUUUGAAUCUUGUUUUUACAUUCAGAAUGUGUCUUAUGUUUGAGUGCAGCUAAACCUGCUAGUAUCAUUUUAGUCUAAUUAACAGUAUUUUGUGAUCUGGGACUCCUGUCAAAGUUCAUUAUAGGAGCUAGAAAACACUGGGAGGUAAAAUGAACACAUGACCUCAUCUCCUGUUUUGCACUAGACUCUAACUUGCAUUCGAAGAGACUAAAAAUGGAAAAAGAAAAAUUUCAUUCUUUUAUUACAUUAAGCUCUAAUAAAUAUGUUUAAUAUGACUUCUCUAUGUAUAAUCCCUUUUAGCUGGUAAAAUGGAGGGCUUUGUUUGAAGCACUAGAAACCAAAUGCUGCCAGGAGAAAGAUUUUACUAGAAACAUAGAGUAGAUAUCAGUCCCUAAGCUUUGUUAAUUGAUCCUGCUUGUUUAACUGGGGAAAUAAAAAUGCACGUCUGCUGAAGAGAACUCUGUGGACAUAAACUCUUCCUGUUUUCAAAUAUGUUUCAUAGGUGUUUAUCUUAUUUAAAUGUGCAGUCAUAUAGUAGCCAAGAGAAUGCAACUGCUGUUCCUUUAACGUCAGAACGAUGCACGCUACAAUAGGUGUCACUGUUUGGCUUGGUCCAAUCAUGGUUGGUGACUUCAGCUAUUGGCUCUGAGCACUGGCUGUCUGACUCCAUCUGCAGGGCUGUAAUACCUACUCUCCUCCGGUCCAUUCACCACACAACUUCAGCCGGCUGAACAGACUCACGCAGCUCCAGCACAUCUUGAUAACCUAAUUCAGAAAACAAGCACCACGGCUCUCUCUGCCUGUCGUCUCCUCUCAGUGUAGCGUUUUCAGGCGAUCUAGGAAACUGGGUUAUUUUUAUGAGCAAAUAAGAGAAACAGGAAUCAUGAUGGGGAUGUACUUAACAGACCCAGUACUGGAUAAAACUUAAAACCAGUGUCUCAUUCAACAUAGUAAAAAGGUCACCUUGCCUGCCUGAGAAAAGAAGCAAAAUAUCAGCUUGUUGGUUUCAGUUCUCAUCUCAGCUCGUGCUAGCCUCUUUUCCCCGAUGCUCGCACCGACUUGGGAUAUCUGGCUAUAAAGAGAGACCCACUGUACUCAUGGUAGAUGACAAGGAAAGGAACAUGAAAUGUCUCACCUUCUUCUUGAUGCUUCCAGAGACGGUAAAGAACAGGUCCAAGAAAAGCUCGAAGAAAACAAAUCCCAGCAGCAGCAGCAGCAGCAGCAGCAGCAAGUUGCCUCCAGUUUGUUAUGAAAUAAUUACCUUGAAGACUAAAAAGAAGAAGAAGAUGGCUGCUGAUAUAUUCCCCCGCAAAAAACCAGCCAGCUCCAGCAGCACCACUGUCCAGCAGUAUCACCAGCAGAAUCUCAGCAACAACAACCUUAUUCCCGCCCCGAAUUGGCAGGGGCUCUAUCCCACCAUUAGGGAGAGAAAUGCGGUGAUGUUCAACAAUGAUCUGAUGGCAGACGUCCACUUUGUGGUUGGGCCACCAGGCGGGACUCAGCGGUUGCCAGGACACAAAUACGUCUUAGCUGUUGGGAGCUCUGUGUUCCAUGCAAUGUUUUACGGAGAACUUGCCGAGGACAAAGAUGAGAUCCGUAUACCAGAUGUCGACCCUGCGGCUUUCCUCACCAUGCUGAAAUACAUCUAUUGUGAUGAAAUUGACUUGGCUGCUGACACGGUCUUGGCCACUCUUUAUGCUGCCAAAAAGUACAUCGUCCCUCACCUCGCCAGGGCCUGCGUCAAUUUCCUGGAGACCAGCCUGAGCGCCAAGAACGCCUGUGUGCUCCUGUCCCAGAGCUGCUUGUUCGAGGAGCCGGACCUCACGCAGCGCUGCUGGGAGGUGAUCGACGCCCAGGCCGAGCUGGCGCUCAAGUCCGAGGGGUUCUGCGACAUCGACUUCCAGACCCUGGAAAGCAUCCUCCGCAGGGAAACUCUGAAUGCCAAAGAAAUUGUGGUCUUCGAGGCCGCUCUCAACUGGGCUGAGGUGGAAUGCCAGCGACAGGAUCUGGCUUUGAGCAUUGAGAACAAGCGCAAGGUGCUGGGCAAGGCGCUCUACUUGAUCCGCAUCCCGACCAUGGCCCUGGACGAUUUCGCCAACGGUGCUGCGCAGUCCGGCGUCUUGACUCUGAACGAGACCAACGACAUCUUCCUCUGGUACACGGCGGCCAAGAAGCCCGAGCUGCAGUUCGUGAGCAAGGCCCGCAAGGGGCUGGUGCCGCAGCGCUGCCACCGCUUCCAGUCCUGCGCCUACCGGAGCAACCAGUGGCGCUACCGGGGCCGCUGCGACAGCAUCCAGUUCGCCGUGGACAAGAGGGUCUUCAUCGCGGGCUUCGGGCUGUACGGCUCCAGCUGCGGCUCGGCCGAGUACAGCGCCAAGAUCGAGCUCAAGCGGCAGGGCGUGGUCCUGGGGCAGAACCUCAGCAAGUACUUCUCGGACGGCUCGAGCAGCACGUUCCCCGUGUGGUUCGAGUACCCGGUGCAGAUCGAGCCGGACACCUUCUACACGGCCAGCGUCAUCCUGGACGGCAACGAGCUCAGCUACUUCGGGCAGGAAGGCAUGACGGAGGUGCAGUGUGGCAAGGUCACCGUGCAGUUCCAGUGCUCGUCCGACAGCACCAACGGCACGGGCGUGCAGGGCGGCCAGAUCCCCGAGCUCAUCUUCUACGCCUGAGCGCGCCGGCUCCCGCUUCCCGCUCGGCUCGGCCGCAGCCAGCCGUCGGCGGGCUGUUUGCAAGGGUCGGAGCUGUGCGGUUCUGAUUUCUCUCAACUUUUUUCGUUAUGUACAGGCAAAAAUGCAGCACUCAGCUUUUAACUGUAUGCCGGAAAGCCAAAUUCUUAGCAAGGCUUGUGGUUCUUAGAGUUGCAUCUAUCCACCCGGGGAGAUUGUGCAUUCUUCUCCAACUGCCCCACUGACCUCCCAGUUUAAGAACAUUUUUGGAUCACCUCAGAUUUCCUUUUGGGCUUUAUUUUGACAAAGAGAAAGAAAUACUCUAAAAUAACAGUAGCAAUUAUUUUUAAACGGAAAUCCUCCCUCUCCCCAAACAGAUAAACCUCAGUGUACAAUUUUGAAAGACAUUUUGCUUGAUAAUAAGUAAUAAUUUAGAAAGUAGACAGUAGUCAUCUUUACCUUCUUAUUUCCUUUUAAAUAUUUUGGGCAUUUGCUUUUGGACAUUGCUUUUUCUUAAAUCCUAAAUUCAUAAGUUUGUUAAAUUUUUAAACUGCAGCUGUCAAUGGAAGGUAAAAUAAGUAAGAAAUUGGAAGUUUUAGAUCACGACUUUUGCUACAAGCAAAUUUAUGUUCUUUUAGUUUAGAAGACAGGCAGUUCCAGUACAGAGGCUUCUUUUAAAAGUAACUAAAUUACAAAACUUUAUUGUCAGCUAGAGAAAAAUUGCAGGUCUGUUAAUUGAAACUAAAAUAGUCUUAAAAGGAAGCCUGAAAUGGUCCCACAUGACAAAUAGUUUAAUUGAUGGCACAUUGUAAUCCAGAGUUUGAAAAAGUCAAGCUCUUUUCUCCCUGCUUAGCUUCUGAUCCCUGCCACUUGCUGGUUUUCAAAAGUUGUACUGUAUAGAACUCCUGUUCCCCCAUUCCCAUGAAAAGAGGACCAAACGAUUUCUUCAGAUGAAUGGAAUAACAGUUAGUUUUGUAGUGCCACAUGUUAAUGUAAUAAGAUACUUUAUGCAUUGAUUUUUUUUUUAAUCUGAAAUAUAUUUUACCUAAUCUACUUUGACCACACUCUCUCUUCUUCGUUAAUUAUGAUUCUGUCCCGUUCCUGGACUGCUAGAAUAUGGCCUGUGACCAUCUGAACGAGCCAAUGUAUGCCUGCAGGGUUUUAAAAAAAAUGGUCUGGAGUGAUAAACUCGAUGAUAACUUAAUGUUCACUGCCUCAGCAUCACAUCCAGUUCUCUUUUUUUUUUUUUCCAUGGAUAGUGUAAACAAAGGAGGGAAAAGCUCAUCAAAACAUUCUCCUUCAGCAAAGGCUUGCGCUGGCUUAGUGCCCGUGACCCUAGUGGUGCCCACGGCGGUCGCUCCCAGUUGAAGUAUCCACGUGUUUCUGGGCAGCGUCUCUGCCCAGUGUGGUCCUGAGAUGGCUGCCCCGCCACCCAGAGUGUGGCCCCUGGCCGCCUCCUUCUCCUGUUCUGUGAGCCCGAAGCUGGCUCUGGAGCGGGGGCUAGUCCCGGGGUGGGUGUGCGCGUGGGUGCCCGUGCGCGUGCGCUGCGCGCCGGCGCAGGAACUGUCUCCUGCCGCCCGGCCCGCGGGGCCGGGACAGAAGGGUCCCCCUGCCGGGCCCGCCCGGCCCGCAGAGGACUGCCUGUGCUUCCGGGCCGCUUCUCCCCCUGUAGACGUGGGCUGCUGCUUCGGCCGGCUUCCCCGAUGGAGAAAAACACUGGAUUACGGAAGUGUUUUAAUCGUCUUUGCCCUUACUUGUGUCUGUUAGCAUGGAGGGUCAGAAGCUGUUACCAGUGAUUAACAGAUGAGUGCUCCCGGGACUACCUUCCAAAAUUGUCUAACAGUUAUUUCUUACUAGCAAGAUGACAGAUAGUAGUUGUGGCAAACCGUCUAUGAAACGGAGGUACGUUUUCAAUUAAAAAAAUACUUCUCCAAAGGGUUUUGCUUAUAAAUUCUGGUUAAACAUUUCGGUAACUCAUAGCUACCUUGCGUUCGGUAGACUAUAGACUUGCCUGAUUGGAAGGCACUUACGUAUAAGCCAGAGGAGAAGAAACUUUUCGGCACUAAUUUCAUCGUACUAGAUUGUUGUUGCCGGGGAGUGUGACAGCCUUGUUCACUCAGUAACACCCACGGCCAGUGCUCCUCUCAGUAGCUGCCCUCCAGAGGCUGGGGAACCGCUGGGUGAGAGCCCCACAAGAGCCUGUAUACUGAGUAUGGAAGAACUUGAUUUUAUGAUAAUUGCUCUCACUUGAAAAAGAAAAAAAAAAAAAAACACCGUCAUCUGAUUGGCUGUUGCCAAGAGCUGUGGUAUAAAUUUGAAGAUUGUAUUUAAGAAAAUGUUAUCUUUUAAAUUCUAUUCCCCCUUCUGCGUUUUCAGUGACAUGGAAUUAAGGCUAAUGUGCUUGCUUUAUUUUCUUUGGUAAUCUCAAAUUUUGUAGCUUUUAAAACUAGAAACCAUUGUUCUGACAAGGCAGGCAACUGUAGUGCAUAAACACGAUUUUAUGAAACACUGCCCUGUAGAUGCUUCUCCCCAUGUAUCUGGCAGUCUUUGUUGUCGUUUAUAUCCUGGGGAUAAGGGGAACUAGGCUAGCAGUUCUAAUGUAACAUUCUUUAAGCAUAUCUUAAUAUAGUAUUUAAGUAAAUGGUCUAAUUUCUACAUAAUUAUUGCACUGAAAUGUCUUUUUUUUUUUUUUUAAGGUGUCUAAAUAAGCUUGCUAAUUCAAGACACUAGCCAGUUGUGCAUCAGAGUGCUUGAAUUCAGGAGCUUACAGCAUUAUUUAUGAAGGAAAAAUAUAUAAAUAUGAAGUACCUCAUGUUGAAUGUUAUUGUACUGUAUUUUUAAUGUAACAGUGCAGAUCUUGUUAGACACAUGAAUGUGUAUAAUCAUGUUAAAUGCAAAUAAAAUAAAACCGGUUCAUAUAUUUGUCUUCCUUAACAUUUUUGUAGGUCCCUUAAAGUAGUAAAAAACCCAUUCUGCCAUUUUGGUGCCACUUAAACCUUUUACAGAGAUGGUUUUUGCAGGAGCAUUUGUUUGCCAAGUUACUCACGUAUCACUGAUCCCUAAAGAAGUAAAAAUCUGGUAAAGAAUAAUAGAAUAAUGAACAUGUUAAUCAGUUGCAUUGUUGAAACCCUAGUGUUAAGUCGAUGCGAGAGUGAGCGGAUGCGCUCAUGUUCCAGUUGCGGAGUUUUGCAGUCGGCUGGCAUUCUGGUGUUAGUUGCUCACAGACCUGUAGAGCUGCCUGAGCUCACUGCUGCCGACAGCAGAUCACAUCUAGCGUAAGCGUGGCCAGUGCUGCUUACUCCUGCUGUUAUAACAGCUUACAUUGAGGAGUAAAGAUCAAUGUGAUGUGACAGUGAUGAAUAUAAUUUUAUGUCCUCAACUGGUUUUCCAUUAUAUUUCCCGAUAUCAAGUACAUUUAUAUACACACAU